AUGACUGGUACUUCUGAAGAAAUAGGAAUAAUGGAUGUGACCAUUAGAAAUGCUGAACUCGCUGAUCAGAGUGAGUUGAUCUCUCAGUUAAUGCAACGAAUUGCAGACAUGCAGAAACAGCUUCAACAGACCAAAGAUUUGGCCAAACUGGCCAUUGCAUCAAAUGAACCCCCCCUUGAAACUAGAAGACCUCCUCCUCUUUUUCCAUCACUAAGUUCCCUAUUACCCAACUAUUUCCCUACCCAUACCACUGGACCUAUCACUUCCACUCCUAACCCUCAUACCAUCGACUUAACUGUAUCCAACGCUCCUUAUGCCAGCACUUCUUACCAAACACCACCACCACUACCAAAUCAGAACCAAGCAUCGAACACUAAUCACUCCCAAAACUUCACACCAACCUAUCAAAUCCCACCCCCAAUCUCCAAAAAUCCACAUGUUUUGCCUAGCCUGCCCGCAUACCCUUCCGUAACAUUCCAAACUCCACCAGCCUAUACAAUCCCUGAACCAUGUCCUAGCUUUCUCGUUCAACCAGAGCUUGAUCACUAUGAAGAAAUGGAGAAGGAGUGGAGGUUGAGAGAAGAAAAACGUGAACAAGAAAUGAAUGUUAUGAAGGAUGCCAUCUCCGAGGCAGUAAAAAGUGUCCAAUCUUCGAGGAAAAUAACAGGACUUGAGUAUGAGGACCUUUGCAUGCACCCUGACUUGGAAAUACCCGAAGGUUACAAAAUUCCAAAAUUUGAAACCUUCAAUGGUAUUGGCAAUCCCAUGGCUCACCUACGAGCUAAUUGUGACAAACUCGUGGGUAUCGAGAAAAAUGAUGCAUUAAUUAUGAGGUUGUUUAGUCGAAGCCUCAGUGGGGAGGCGUUAGAAUGGUUCACAUCUCAAGAACUCCGUCAGUGGUCUACAUGGGGGGCUCUGGCCAAAGAUUUUUUGGAAAGAUUCCAGUUUAAUGUCGAAGCUGUCCCUGACAGAUAUUAUUUGGAAAAAAUCAAGCAAAAGACCACGGAGGACUAUCGUGAAUAUGCGUGUCGCUGGAGGAAAGAAGCUGCAAAGGAGCCCGAGUAUUAUGAAAGGAUGUUGCCCAUGAUGGGACAGAAGUUUUCGAAGCUAAUCAGAAUGGGAGAAGCCAUAGAGGAUGGCCUCAAGUCUGGAAAGGUUACAAGUCUCACUGCCUUGCAGGCCACCAACAAAUCCUCACCAUCCAUGGCCACAGGAUUCGCUAGGAAAAAGAAAGAGGACGUGUCUGCUGUAUCUUUUAGCCCGAGGCUAAGGCCGCAAAGGUAUUUUGGGUCUGGUUCUGCCAUUGGAAACUCCAACCGAUUCCCCACCUCAAAUAUUUAUCCACCAUCUCCACAAGCUCCAAUCCCAAUCUACUAUGCACAACAGAACUACCAAGCACCACCGCCCAUCUACCAAAAUACACUACCAAAUCACCAAGCCAAUGCACCAGUCCACCAAAAUCCCGGACCAAACAACCCAAAUGCCAACAAUCUACCCCGUCCUAACCUCAAAAGAAAGCCUCCUAAAGUUUUCACUCCCUUGGCAGAAACACGUACCCAACUCUUUGAGCGUUUAAGAGCGGCAGGAUUGAUCCAACCAGUAGAUGCAAGGACAAUUAAUCCCACAACAAUGUUCUUCCGAGCGGAUCAACGUUGUGCGUACCAUUCUGGAGGGGCAAGACAUGAUACAGAAGGAUGUAUCAAUCUGAAACAUAAGAUUCAAGACUUGAUCGAUAAUAGGGUCAUCACUCUCCAAGCCCCUGCCCCCAAUGUGAACCUUAACCCGUUGCCGAAUCAUGGAGGAGCUACCAUCAACAUGAUUGAAAGAGACGAAGAUUGGCUUGCUAAUGGGACUAUCGGUGAAGCAACUGUCAACUCACUUAUACCAACAGUGGCCUCAUUGACCAUAAAGGCCCGUCCAGAGUUUGUUGUAAUAACUGCACCUCAUCAGGCAUUUGCUUUGGUGAAGGAAAGAAGCAAUGAGCAGUCCGAAGAAAGGUUUGUUGUCUAA